UUGCGAGAGACUCCCGAGAGGGUCCGCGAGGCCUUGGAAAGGUUAAGAGAACUCCUUAAGGAAAACAAAGACAUUUACUUUGGAGACGAUGAUGAACUUCUGACAAUUUUCCUGCGACCUUGCAAAUGGUACCCGGAAAGCGCACUCGCACUUAUGCGACGGGUCGCAGAGUUCAAGCGCGAUAAUGCAAGUCUUCUUGACGGGUUGCUGCCCGAACAUGAAAAAGUAGCAUUCCUGGAACACAAAGUAGUUAACGUAAUGAAAGGGCGCGAUCAUAAGGGAAGGCGGUUGCUGAUUGUUAAUGUUGGAGGUUCGUGGAAUCCAAAGAAAGUAAAUGCAGAUCAGCUAUUCAGACUAUUCUAUCUCAUUCACUUGGCUGCGAUGUUAGAGCCCGAGUCCCAAGUUAGAGGCACGGUCGUCUUAAUGGACUUCUACAAUAUGGGAUGGUCACAGGCAAUGGGAUUUACGCCAUCAUUCUCAAAACGGUUAUUGACCUUCAUCCAGGAUGCAAUGCCGAUUCGUCUCAAAGAGGUGCACUUUGUAAAACAGCCUAGAAUCUUUGAUGUCGUGUGGAGGAUGUUCAAGCCAUUCAUCAGGGACAAGUUAAGGACUAGAAUCUUCUUCCACGGCGCAAACAUGUCUUCCCUUCACAAGCACUUGGAGCCGAGCCACCUGCCAGCGGACUACGAGGGACAGCUGCCCGCCAUCGACUAUUCGGGCGCCGACUGGUACCCCGUCAUAGAGCACGUCAUGCCGCAUAUCCACAAAUGGAACACAUACGGAUUCGUGAAAAAAGCCUAG